AUUACGAUGUUAAAACAGUGGUCCCUUCAUUGAACGUUAGAAGGAAAGGAUAAGAGAGGUUUUUCUACCAUUCAUUUCGUUAUUAUCAAUAUUGGCAGCUCAGCUCGUAAACAAGAAAGACUAUUGGUGACCUGAGCAAGUAGAUCGAUACAUAUGUAUACAUGGAAUCUAACAACACAGAGCUAGCCUCAACUAGCUUGAAAGCAAAACUAAGUCAACUUGCCGAUGCACAAUCGGAAAGCACAAUCUAUCGAGUCCAUAGACAAUUACGCAAUGUGAACCCGAAGGCCUACGAGCCCGAGAUGAUCGCCAUCGGCCCUUAUCACCACGAUAAUGAGCAUCUAAAGAUGAUGGAAGACCACAAGUUGCGUUACCUGCAACAACUGCUUGUCGAAAAAAAUCCACUCGAUGGUGUCGGAAGGUACGUAGCAGCUCUAGAGAGAGUGGAAGCAGAUGCAAGAAAAUGCUAUGCAGAUCAACCUAGAUCCCUAACCCCAGCCCAGUUUAUAGAAAUGCUUGUUCUAGAUGGUUGCUUCAUCGUCCAGCUAGUUCGCAAGUUUGAUAAAGUGAAUUCGAGGGAGACGAAAGAUCCUAUCUUCCAAAUGGACUGGAUGAUCAACAACCUACAGCGUGAUCUCAUGCUCUUCGAGAAUCAGCUGCCCUUCUUCGUAUUGUGCGAGCUCUACGACCUCAUUGAAGUCCCCGGCCAGUAUAAGAGGUUCGGGUUCCUUCUCCUCAAAUUCUUCUCCAUUCUGUAUCCUGGAAGAUACUGUCCAUUGGUGCCCGUGAAGCCCAUCAUAGAUCCUCGCCAGGUAAAACAUCUGCUCGACUUCAUCCAUCUCAAUUGGUUUCAUCAUUCCUCACGCCCGGGCAAAGAAAAGGUAAAGUUCAUCGACACCGCAACGAGGCUUGAAGAGGCUAAUGUCAAGUUUGAGAUCAGAUCAGAAGGAGGGACGUUGUUAAACGUGGGGUUUGAAGAAGGGGUGAUGAAGAUACCGCCACUGACCAUUGAGGACAGGACGGAGUCGUUCCUCCGGAACCUCGUCACAUACGAGCAAUACUUUCAGCACACUUCUGUGACAGAUUAUGUCCACUUCCUAGACUGCAUCCUUGAUUCCUCCAUGGAUGUGGAGAAACUAUCUCGAAAAGGGAUCAUCGACAACUGGUUAGGAGAUGCACGUACCGUGGCGGAGAUGGUGAACAAACUGGGCGACUCGGUGGCUGGACCCGGGGAUAGCUUCGUCUAUGGGGAGAUGUUUGAGGAUGUGCAAAAGCACUGCGCAAAACCCAUGAAUAAGUGGAGAGCUAGUUUGAAGCGUAAAUAUUUUAAUAGCCCUUGGGCCGUUAUUUCUGUUCUUGUUGGUGCAAUGCUUCUUAUUCUUACAGCCGUACAAACGGUUUUUACCAUAUUACAGGGGAGAUGCUCAAACAUCUAGCAAGGCUUUGUAAUUUGUCACAACGAACAAAACAUGUGUAUUUUAUUAUGUAUGUUAAAUAAUUGAAGUGCUAAGAGCAUCCACAACGGUCGCCUAGUGGGCUUCCUAGUGAUUGCCACAUCAGCAUUUCUUAGUAUUAUGUUCGCCCUAUCAAUUAAACUCAAUUUGCAUUUAAUUUUUUGAUA